AUGCCGAGCGAGGAGGACGGCGUUACGCAGGCGCAGGGAGCGGCGGACUGCCGCGCGGCGGGACUACCUCGGGCGACCGAGGCAGCUCUGUCGGCGGCUGCAUCCGGCCCCCCACGUAUGACGACGCUGCAAUCGACUGCGGACUGCGCUGCGGUACACCCAAUGCGCACUAGCCCGCUCACACCAGAGCAGGUGUACCUAGUUGUACACCGACUAUCGCGGGGCAUUGUGUACCCUGAACAGGAAGCCGACGAACGAGCACUCCGCGCGUUCCAACAGCACCUGAGGUCACUUGGCUGCGAGGUAUUCGAAGAUGUGAGCGUACCGUCGGGAGCCAGUGAAGAGACCUCAGAUACGCCGUUUGCUGUACCGUCAGGCGCGACGACAGAGCACGCCACUGCCCUGCCACGAGACAGCACAAUCCCAGAGGCCAACCUUGGCGAACUGCUCGAGGCGGAAACCAUGGAUACAGCGCAGCCCUCUAGAAAGAGGCCUGCAGCUGCGGAGGAGGAAGAUUCCGCCGCCAUCUCUGAUUCUACCUGCAUGCAAAGUCAGAAGAAGAAGACGCCAGAAGCUGCUGCCCACUCGGAGGCAGAUCAGGGGACCGACGACGGCUUCGUUGUCCCGAAGCGGCGGCACACUGCUCGGGCCAAACGGCUUGAGAGAGUGCAGCCGCUGCCGACAGCGAACUCAUUCGUCGACGUUCCUGACGAGCCGGAGCCCAUGGACGAAGCUGAGGCACCCAAGAGGCGGGCACCCGCCCCGCCACCGAUUACAGUAUCGUGGAAGGACACGUACCAGUCCUUCCUCGAGAAGUUCCAGACGGUAUCGUCCACCGCCAAGAUUAAAUGUGCCGGUCGGGACUUAGGCUGCGCCGCCUUCAAACGCGGCCCACGGCAGCAAGGACGUGCGGCACCGGCACGAAAGGUGCAACCAGGCACCAGCUUCGCCUCUGCCACCAAGGGGGAGUCCUCGGACGCCCCCAGGGGGCGGCGGGCGGAUGUCGCGACCACCAAGGCGCCCAACGAAGCAACUGGCGCCCAGGACGACCAACACCAGGGCGGACGGCUAAACCGUCCCCCCACCUCAGACAGGCCGCAAGCUGCUAGGCGUGCGGUCCCGCUAACGGACGCAGCCACUCCGCUGCGCCCCGCCGCCCACGCACCCGCAACCGCAGCACCUCCUGCAGCAAUUCCGCGACCAGAAGCAGCAGACCUGGGAGCAAUGUUGAGCUCCCUCUCUGCCCUGCUACAGCAACUGCCGGUGCUCGUCACCGCCCAAGGACGUUCGGCACCGGCACGAAAGGUGCAACCAGGCACCAGCUUCGCCUCUGCCACCAAGGGGGAGUCCUCGGACGCCCCCAGGGGGCGGCGGGCGGACGCAGCGACCACCAAGGCGCCCAACCAGGCAGCCGGCACCCAGGACGACCAACACCAGGGCGGACGGCUAAACCGUCCCCCCACCUCAGACACGCCGCAAGCUGCUAGGCGUGUGGUCCCGCUAACGGACGCAGCCACUCCGCUGCGCCCCGCCGCCCACGCACCCGCAACUGCGGCACCUCCUGCGGCAAUUCCGCGACCAGAAGCAGCAGACCUGGGAGCAAUGUUGAGCUCCCUCUCUGCCCUGCUACAGCAACUGCCGGUGCUCGUCACCGCC